UCCGUGCUUUAAAUAUGGUGCCGUGUGACAGUUUGUGUCUGUUCUUUCAGAGGAGACCAGUAUGCUCGCUCGAGAGGCCUUCGUUACCCUGGCGACCACAGACUCCUACAGUAAAGGAGCUGUGGUGGUGGCCAAGAGUUUACGGAGGCACGGCACGACUCGCAGCAUCGUUGUCAUGGUAACGCCCAACGUUUCCAACACCUCCAGAGCCGUGUUAUCUGAGGUGUUUGAUGAGGUCAUCGUCGUCGACCUUCUGGACAGUGAGGACUUCCUUCGUCUGUCUCUGCUCGGACGUCCUGACCUCGGAGUCACCUUCACAAAGAUACACUGCUGGACCCUGGUGCACUACAGUAAAUGUGUGUUUUUGGACGCAGACACUCUGGUGCUGAGUAACGUGGACGCCCUGUUUGAGCGUGAGGAGUUCUCGGCGGCCCCUGACCCCGGCUGGCCUGACUGCUUUAACUCUGGGGUGUUUGUGUUCAGACCCUCCCUCCACACCCACGCCCAGCUAGUGCAGCAUGCUAACCAGCACGGCAGCUUCGACGGAGGGGACCAGGGUUUGUUGAAUUCAUUUUUCAGUUCUUGGGCGGUCGAAGAUUUGUCUAAACAUCUUCCGUUUGUGUACAACUUGAGCGCGAGCACGGUCUACAGCUACCUCCCAGCGUUCAAACAAUUCGGCCACAAAGCUAAAAUCGUUCACUUUUUGGGCUCCACUAAACCAUGGAACAGCAGUGCAGACUCCAGCUCUCAGACUAUGGGACGAUACGUGGACAUGUGGUGGACAGAGUACCACAGUCACACCACCUCCUCUGCAUCCUCUGCAUCCUCUUCAUCCUCUGCACCCUCCUCGUCUGCACACGAGAAACACGACAUCCCCUUUGUGUCUUACACCAAGAAAACUGCAAAAAAGACCAAACAGGAGAAGCCCGUCAAACAGAUUCAGGUGAAAGAAGCUCCAACGACCAUCAGAGAAAAGCAGGACCAAGAAACCUCACUGCAGCCACAAAUUUUAAUGACACCACAGGCUGAAGUCUUACCUGCAGAGAAGGAGAAGAAGCUGGAUUCUGAGCUGGGAGAAGAAGAAAAGCGGGAAGUAUUUGAGGAGGAAGAAGAAGCCGACGCCAAUCUGAUAGAGGAACAAGAGACGGCCAUUUUGGAUGAAGAGGAGGAGGCAGAGAUGGGCACGAGCAGCGAUGGAGAAGAGGACGGCACCCACCCUAGCGCUGCUAACUCGGAGGACGAGGAGGAGCACCGCAGACAGUGGGAGAUUGGACAGGCCGAUUAUUUGGGUCGGGAUGCGUUCGAGCACAUCCAAAAGAUGCUUGAUCGCUUCCUGGGCUGAACCUGUGUCUACAGCAACAGUUUAGGAAGUUUGAUAAAGUAGCACGUUUGUUUUAAUGCUCCACUUCGGAACGUUUCUGUUGGAGGGUCUGUCACCUGCUGGUCUCCAUGGAGAUGUUAUUGCUGUGCCUGUAUUUUUCAUGUCUUAAAAAUGUAAAAAACAGCACUUCAAGUUUUCAAGUUAUGCAUUAUGAGCAUCCUAAUGAUUCACCAUGAUGAGCUUCUAAGCGCUUUUCACAACUCUCAGAGACCAAAGUGGAGUUUUGCUGUCACAAUAACAAUUAUCAUGCUAACAGAGCACUUCCUGAUUCUCUGACAAUAAAACUGUGUGUUAUUCUGACGUCCAGAGCUGCUUCUACGAUAUGUCUGUACAGACUCAAUCUGCUGAGCUACAUCAGGUAAACAUGUUUAGACUUAUGCAGCUCUGUGGAGACAAGCAGCUUACAGGCCAGAUCUGUGGAGAGGCGAACCCACUCACAGUAAGAAUGCAUGUUUUUCACCUAAUUUUGAGCAAUUAAAACACCUGUAGUCAAAUAAAUGUAAGUUAGAUAAGUGUAAUACUCCGGGCCCCAAAAUGUCUGUUGCUCCACUAGAAAUGUUACAGAGUGCAGCUUUAAAAUAUGAUUUCUUAUGGUUCACAUUUAGCUCACGUUUGGUGAUGCUUAAAAUCAUUAAAAUGUCAUUCC